GCCUCAGGGGCUGAAGGACCUUGUUCUGGGCCAGACAGGGCCACAGGAGGCUCAGCUCUAGGCCAGCUGGAGACAAGAGCUGCUCUUGUACUUGAUUCUCUCAGCCUCCAGAGCCCAGAGCAGGAGCCACUAGCCUUGGAACUGCCACAGCAGCCAGGGCCCCUCCCAGCCCUGCUCAGUCCUCACACCCCUCUCACUGGAGAGGUGAGGGGAGCGGCAAUCCUAACAGCCAAAAUUUUCUGGCUCAGAGACACUCUUCUGGUGUCAGCACAUUUGCCCCUGAUGACACAUGGGGAAGUGGGAAUUGUCUCCAUUUAAAAACGGGGAAACUGAGCUCACAGAAGUUACAUAUUGGUCAGGGGUGAAGUAUACACGGCAGUGUGCAAUUGCUUUUGCUUGUAUUAUCUUAUCAAAGGCUCUUAACAGACAGGCAUUAGUGCUGCUUGGUGGACAGGUGCAGAAAGCGAAGCUAGGUAAGGUGUCGGGAAGCCCUUUGAGGCCCUGUCUGCAGGAAGGGAGAGAGAGAGAUGCCCUUGAGGUUCCCUAGGACAACCCCUAGGCAGAGAACCUACCGAACUAGGGAGGAAUGUCACCUACACUACCCCUGUGGCCACAUUCCUUCAUUUCUCGAGCAUUUAUUGAAAGCCUCUUUUAUACCAGGCAAGCAUGGGAGUUUGCACUGGAACAGGGGAGGCACUAAGGAGGUCGAAGCCAGAAGUAGCCACUGGCUGGAGGGGAAUAUCAGGGCAGGCUUCAGGGUGGAACUAGACCUGAGCAAAGUCUUGAAAGGGAGACAAAGAGGAAAGGCAUAAGAAGCCAAUGGUCUCUCUACUACGGGAUUUUCUAGGCCUGUUAUCAAGAAGCAUCCAGGAGAGGGAGAAGUGAAAACCCCAGAGGAGACUGGAACCAGCCCUGAAAGGGUGUCUGUCACUCAAAGGGAGCCAGGAGCACAAGGAGGAGCCCCCCGACUGGAUGCAAAAGAAGGGCUGCCUCUUCUUCAGGGCCCGAGGGAAGCUGGUGAGGGCACAGGGCAGUGGCAGGUGAGUUUGUGGCUGGCAGGAAGGAUGGGAAGAAGUCUUGCCUGCGAGUGUCUCUUUCCAGGUGGGACAGGAGGCAAGCUGAUCCUCUGGAAGAAAGCUGGAAUGGGGGCACUUGGAGAGCUUGGGCAAGGUUGGAAGUAGGCCUUAGAAGAAUGGGGAGAGAACGAGCAGACUGAGGAUGGCAUAAGGAUUGCUGAGCAGAUCGGCGGCCCCUGCUGAGGCCAGAGACCAUGGACUUGUCAUGGCAGCAGUCUGCACGGAUGGACAAGUUUCUCCAGCAGUGCUCAGCAGUGCAGAUCAAGGCAAAGAGCUGUGGAGGAGAAUGAAAUGGGAGAGAUGCAGGAGGUGGGGCAAAGAGAACAGGGAGCCAGGACGGUGGGGCGCUGACCACCUGGGGAUCUGGGGGGUCGGGGGAAGGGUGAGGCCAGGAAGGCUGGAAGCACAGAGAGGGAAUGAGGGAGGCAUUUUACAGGGACUGAGAUGGGAGAGGGUGGAUGGACAGAACCUGUAAUUAGAGCUGGAUGUUCCCCUGGAAGAUUUCAGAGGGUUCGAUCCCAGGUGAGACAGGUAUGAGGCCGUAAGAAUAAGCUGGCUGAGAUGAAGUAGAUAUGAAAGUCACCUGCCUCCAGGAGGUCAGGAAGCUUUUAUUCGUCCAUUCGUUCACUCAACAGAUAUUUACUGAGCACCAACUAUGGCUAAUCCCUGUGCACAGCACUGUAUGUGGGGAUGAGCGAAAUUUGGCUCCUGCUCCCUGAGGGACUCACUGCCUCAUUAAGGAGGCACAUUAACACCAUGACAGCACUCUGUGGUGACUGGAGUGUAUGAAAAUGCCCAGGUGUGGUGGGAGUACGCAGAGGGGUCCUCCCUCACCCAGGAAAGGAGGUGACACUGAAGUUGAGCCUUAGGGAUGAGUUAGGAGUUACCCAAGCAAAGGACGUAGGAAGGGCUCUCUGAGAAGAAGACAGGGCAUCCGCCAAGGAAAGACCAGCAACGGAGUGUUCCAGAACCACUGGCCCUUUGGUGAGGCCACCGGGUAAAGGACAAAGCAGGGAGCGGGGAGAGGUGAGGUAGGAAGAGCAGGAUCCCAGAGGACCUUGUAGGCCAGGCAUGAGGGACGCUUUGAAGGGAUUUUAGCAGAGGAACAGCAGGAUCAGAUUUGCAUUUUAGAAAGAUCACUCAGGCUGCAGUGUGGAUAAUUGAUUGGAGCUGAGUGAGGGAGCAGACGGAGAGAAUGGUUAAAGGCCGCAGGGCAGCAGGGGUGGCAAAAAGAGGGCACAGUCGAGAAAUAUUUAAGAUUCAAAAUCAGCAGGAUUUGAUGCCACUAUUGGUUGGGGGCAGGAGGGAGAGGAGGGUCAAGGAUGCUUCCCAGGUGCCCCCAACAGAGCUGGAGAAAACAGGAAUAGUGCAUUUGGGGUGGGGGGGGGGCACAGAGAGAGAUGAGGGUCUCCUUCUGAGACAGGCUGCAUUUGAGGAGCCUAAGGACAACCGGGGGAUAUCAACUGAGCAGGGAGAUUUGGCCAGGGGCAAGGUCAGGGCACACCCGUGUGGUUAAAAGAUGAAAACUGUUAUCUUAACAGCCACACCGAUUCUUCUUAGGGAGAGAAGGAGCACCUUUGUUUGAGAAAAUACCUCGACAUGCUGCUGGGGUUAAAAGGGAAGAGCCUAGGGCAUGGGUGACCUCAGGGCCAGCAUUGCCACAAAAAGGGUUCGGCUGCCCUGUGAGAGGCUUGAGCAGAAUUGUUCAGGCCCCUGAGAAGGAGGAGAGCAGAUAGUGGAGGGGAAAGGGGCUGAAAGGGAGGGGGUGGGCAAGGGAGACAGAAAGGGGCACGGACAAUGCAGUGAAGGACCAGUGGAAAUUCCCAGCUGGCAGGGGAAAUUCUCCACUGCCAUGCGUGUCGUCUCAUUAGCUGUGGAAUAAACCCCUCCUCCCUCUGUCCCCUCUGCACCCACACAGGCCCAUGUCCUUAGUAAAGUUGACUCUAUUCACAUCUGCUUUCUAGAGUAGGGGUUUGGGUGGGAAAGGAAGAAAGAGCUUCAUUUCACAUCUGGGUUUAUGGGGCAUAGAAUAGUGUGAGCCCAUCUGGAGGCAGAGCCUGCAGGCAGAGGGGACCGGGACAACAGGAGCCUCUGAAGCAGGCCUUGGACUUGGGGACCUGGCGAGCUUGCUGCCUCUGAGCUGACAUCGGGAUGUGACCACCCUGGAAUCCCAUGCCCACCAUGACUCCUGUACCUGCCACCCUUGGGCCAGGCCUGUGCCUGCAGCAGAGUGAGGCCCGUCCAGCUUGGAAACCUGGAGGUUCCAGCUCAGCACCUGGAGGCCGCCCCCCUCCCCCAGCUGUCAGUCUGACCAGGUGGGGGCCAGAGGAGCCUCAACACAGUGAGACAGCCAGAGCAGGCCAGAGGCAAGAGACCCCAGGAGACAGCGAAGAUCAGAGGCAAGAGGCCCCAGGAGUAGAGGCGGCAGCCAAAGCAGCAGGACCAGGACACCGUGUGGCCUGGAGGGUGAGGCUUGGCCAGGAUGCUGCUGGGCCAGCUCUGGAGAGCUAUCAGCAAGGAGCUGUUUGCUGAGUUCCUGGCCACAGGGCUGUACGUGUUCUUUGGUGUGGGCUCCAGUCUGCCCUGGCCCUCGGCGCGUCCCACCAUGCUACAGACCGCCAUCACCUUCAACCUGGUCACGGCCGUGGCUGUGCAGGUCACCUGGAAGGCCAGCGGGGCCCACAUCAACCCUGCUGUGACGCUGGCCUUCCUCGUGAGCUCCCAAAUCUCCCUGCCCCGUGCCGUGGCCUAUGUGGCUGCUCAGCUGACGGGGGCCAUUGUGGGGGCCUCAGUGCUUUAUGCGGUCAUACCAGGAGACAUCCAAGACACCCUUGGGAUUAACAUGGUCCAGAGCAACAUCUCAACUGGCCAGGCCGUGGCAGUGGAGCUGGUUCUGACCCUGCAGUUGGUGCUCUGUGUUUUUGCUUCCACCAACAACCGUCAAGCAUCGGGCUCCCCAGCUAUCGUGAUUGGGAUCUCUGUGGCAUUGGGCCAUCUCAUUGGGAUCUACUUCACCGGCUGCUCCAUGAACCCAGCCCGCUCCUUCGGCCCCGCCAUCGUCGUUGGGAAGUUCACGGUCCACUGGAUCUUCUGGGUGGGACCCCUGACAGGAGCUGUCCUGGCUUCGCUGAUCUAUAAUUUUAUCCUGUUCCCUGACACCAGAACCAUGGCCCAGCGACUGGUCAUCCUCAUGGGCACUGAAGAAGUGGAGAAAAUGACAGGGGUGGAGCCCGAGAAGAAAGAAUCCCAGUGCAGUUCAGGGGACACUGAAAUGGGCAAUGCAUGUCAGGUGGUAUAGAACUUGGCCCCCACCUUCCGGCUUCUGAGAGGCACCCUUUAGGUGGGUAGCAUGCCUCGUAGAACUAGACUUCAGGUUUUACAAGGAAAGCGGGGUUGGGGGUGGAUGAGGGCAGGAAAGACGGGGAGGCUUGGCCUCUUGUCCUAACAGGGUGGGCAGGGAAUGCCACUCCCUAUCCCUGGUAUUAUAUUUCUGGAUAGAAAGAAUCUGGGGAGCAAAUCUGUUCAGUUUCCUCCUCCUACAUCUCUUAAUGGGACAGAGCAGAAGGAGGCAGGGGAAUUCAUGACUGUCCUCCCCUUCUCUCAUCCAUCUGGACUCUGGUGGGCAUCCUGGGCCUCCAGACCCCCUUGUCUUGAGUAUUGGAGCCCAGACAGCCACUCAGCUUAGACACUAAGAGAUGUAGAGACCUCGGGGAGCCCCAACUUCUCACCCCACCCUUGGCGGGGAGAGCCAGACUUCCCAGAAGAAUCAGGCCCCAGGACAGUCUCUGAGCUCCUCAAAGGUAUUAUCUCUGCUCUUGGGUAUGGUUUGGGGGCUAGGGACCUGCCCUCAGUGUGGGGGCUUCCUGAGGACAGAGACAGCCCUUCCAAUAGAUCUUCAUUCCUCACACCUCCAAAUGCUCAGGAGAGGACCCCAUCCUUGGGAAGCGCUGACACAAAGAGGAGCCUUUUCUAGGGCUGGCAGAGGGGCAGCAUAUAGGCAAGGGAGGUUUGGGCCAAACAGGCCUUUUCCAGGUGUUUGCCCACCUUCCAUCCCCCAUCCCCAUUCAUGGGAGCAAUCCAGAGAGGGAGGAUGUCCCUAUCCCGGCCCCCAGCCCAUGACCUGGGCCACAAGCUGUCUCCAGCCUCAUUCUCAGUUCUACCAAGAUCCUCAAAAUGCUAUUAAGUCCGAGGAUGGUAAGAACUCAGGAAUGACCCAAGAAACCAAGAUUUGCCUUCAGUGCCUCUGAAGGACUCCUAGGUCUCAAUUGGUUUGCUAAUAUUUACAAGCUGCUGUAAACAUACUCUCCCCAUGACUUGGGGUCCUACCUGGAUCUCGGCUUCCCCAGCUAUAAAAUGGGCAUAGUCCUCCCCCAGGGCCUGCUGUGAAAACAAGAGAUUGGAAAAUGUUUUUGGAAGUUAAAAUGCUUAAAAAACAAACAAUAAAUGAUGAUUAUUGUAGCUGUUACUGUAA